CCACCUAACUGUCAAUUUUUAAUCACCUUAAAUGGUCCCGGUUCAAUGUAUUUUAAGUUGAUACAAAGAUCAUCAAACACAGCCAAUAGUUUCUUUUACCAUCCAUCACAGUGUCUACAGAUUCUCCAACCAUGGCUGAAGUUGAUCCAGCCUUCAUUCAACCAACCGAAUUCCGACCAAAAGUCAAAGUCAUUGAAGCCGAUGAAAUCCCGGUAAUUGACCUGUCCGGUAACACCAAUGAUAUUGUCUUGGAGAUUGGCCAAGCGUGCAAGAAGUGGGGAUUUUUUCAAGUCAUCAAUCAUGGAGUGCCUUCGGAAUUGCGCAAAAGAAUGGAAAGGGUGGGCAAAGAAUUCUUUGAUCAACCAAUGGAGGACAAGAAGCUGGUGAAGAGAGAUGAAGUGAAUCCUAUGGGAUACUAUGAUAGUGAACAUACCAAAAAUGUUAGGGACUGGAAGGAGGUGUUUGAUUUAUUGGUGAAAGAUCCUUCCUUUGUGCCGGCUUCUCAUGAGCCUGAUGAUGAAGAACUAAGGAAGUUGACAAACCAAUGGCCGGAGUACCCUUCUGAAUUUAGGGACACAUGCAAGGAAUAUGCAGGAGAGGUUGAAAAACUGGCUUACAAAUUGUUGGAAUUUAUCUCCCUCAGCUUAGGCUUGCCUGCAAAUUGUAUGCAUGGCUAUUUUAAAGAUCAAAUCAGCUUUAUGCGGCUUAAUUACUAUCCUCCUUGCCCUUCGCCUGAUCUAGCUCUAGGUGUUGGUCCACACAAGGAUGGAGGUGCAUUAACUGUUCUUUCUCAGGAUGAUGUUGGUGGGCUUCAAAUUAAGAGGAAAUCAGAUGGAGAGUGGAUUCCUGUCAGACCAAUCCCAGAUGCCUUUAUUAUUAAUCUUGGUGAUGCUACUCAGGUUUGGAGCAAUGAUAUAUAUGAAAGUCCAGAGCACAGGGUGGUGGUGAACUCUACAAAGGGAAGGAUAUCUAUUCCUUUCUUCUUCUUCCCUGCCCAUUAUGUUAUGUUGAAGCCUUUUGAGGAGCUUGUAAAUGAGCAAAAUCCUGCCAGAUACAGAGAAUUCAACUGGGGCAAGUUUUUUGCUACUAGAAAUCGCAGUGAUUACAAGAAGCGAGAUGUGGAAAACAUUCAGAUUCGCCAUUUCCGGAUUUAGGAGUAAUCAUGGCCAAGUGAGUUUGGCUAAAUUUACUAUCAUAACUUGUAUUAGCUUCAUGUAUAUAAUGCUUGCAUAUUGUUAAUAAAAUAUAUGCUUCUUAAUCUGAGUAAGAGUUAAGAAGAAUGUGAUGAGUGGAGGCCUCAUCUCCGUCAUCUUUAGUCUUUACCUAGUAACAUUGACACUGUUUAAAAACUU